AUGACAGAGACGACCGACCUUCUGUCAUCUUUUUCACCAUCCGUAAGUGAUACAACUUCAAAUCAUAUUCCAACUACUUUAGAGCCCAAGAAACAGGUUACAAAAGACCAAAGUGCCAAGCUUGUAAUUUUAUCUGUUAAUGACGUGUAUGAUUUGGUUCCAAAUGAUCACGGACAUGGGGGUAUUGCAGAAUUUGCAACACUGUUAGAGCAACAUAAAGCAACAGUACCACAGGAUGUGACCCUAUUAGUCACACUGAACGGAGACUUUUUGUCUGGUUCGGAAAUAGCCGAACGUUUUAAAGGAGAACACAUCAUUGAGUUAAUGAAUCAUCUGAAUAUUGAUUACGUCGUACUGGGCAAUCACGAAUUUGAUUUUGGCACUGAUGAACUCAAAGCACGCAUGCGAAACUCGUCUGCGAAAUGGUUUGGAUCCAAUGUGCUUGAUUCGACAUCAGGUGCACUAUUUGAAGGUGUCGUGGAUACAGAAAUUGUUGAUCUGAAAGACGGACUUAAGUUAGGAGUAUUUGGUGUUUGCACGGAGGAAACCCCGACGUUGUCGUUUCCGGGUAAUAGCGUCAAGUUUGAGAAUAUUUUUUCCACCUCUCGGCGGUGUGUUGACGCUUUAAAAGCUAAAGGAGCAGACUUCAUCCUGGCACUUACACAUUUGUCGAUUACGCAGGAUAAAAGACUUGCUCGCCAAGUACCUGGCAUCGAUUUGGUGCUUGGUGGACAUGACCACGACCCGUUUACAAUGUACGAAGGCAAUACAUUCAUUCACAAAUCAGGACAGAACGCUCUUUGGUUGGCAAAGCUCGAGUUUGAAUUGAAGCGGUCAGCGAAAUAUCCCGAACGUGGACUUGUCGUCUUGCCGCAAUGGAGUAUGAUUGCAAACGCAUACCUGCCACCGCAGCCGGCGUGCCAGCAAAUUCUUUACAAAUACAUGCGCCAAAUGGAAAAUGAAAAUGAUCCGGGAAAGAAUGACUGUGUAUUGGCUACCUUGGCAACUUCAUUGUCAACUGAAUUAUACGCUGAUGUGGGUUUUAUCAAUGGAGGCUUUAUCCGAGGAGAUAAGGAGUAUUCCGCUAAGUCUAACAUCACAGUCGGCAUUUUGAAGCACGAGAUGCCGUUUCCGCGGCCUGCUGUUCUUGUGCGAAUUCAAGCUAGCGACCUACGUGACGCGUUAAUUCAGCAUUUGUGCAAAUACCCGCAGCAGAGCGGCUCGCACCCUCAUGUGUCUGGACUACGCUUGACCAUCGACACGCAUUCAGACCCCCCAGCGAUUACUAAAAUGGUAGACGUCAAUGGCAGGCCGGUGGACAUGAAAACGGAGCUCCUCGUGGCUACGUCCAAGUUUGUUGCUAGUGGCGGCGAUGGCUGCACAUCAUGGCUAAAGGGAGAUAUUCUACGUGAGGCUGCUAAAGUUCACGAAGUCGUGGCCGACUUCAUGAUGAAAAAGCGGCUGCUGGCCUAUCCGGAGCACGAAGGUCGCAUCACAAUUUUCGAGUGA